GUUUCUUCAUUUAGAACCGCGAGAACCGCCUGAGUCGCGCGCUAUGGAAAGCCCUAGAAGCUCAGGGCGGCCGAAAUCUGGCCUCGUGAGUAAGGCCGCGUUUGGGUCUGCUACCGAGACUUUUCUCCGUUCUACACCAGUUGUACUUCUUUGCCACUUGCUCCUCAAACGCAGCCCUAGCCACUUGCGGCUCCAUGGUCCUCGUUUUUUUCUCUGAUUGAUCCUUUCUGAUCAUGUUUGGUGCGUAAAUAGAGAGAGAACGAGAGAGGGCUGGGAACAAAGAGGAUGGCGGAAGCGAAGCACAGUCAGUAUCCGUCGUGGAGUUCGGAUCAAUCCUCAACGGUUGAAAUUGACAACAGCGUUUCUAAAAUGUCAGAAUCAAUGUUUAGAGGGAGAAACGAAGCUUCUCUUUUUUCCCUCCCAGAUAAAGCGUCUGAUGGCAACUUGGGUUUCGUAGAGAGAUCGUUCUCUGCGGCUGGUGCUGCCAUCCUCUCUGCCGUCCUCGUCAAUCCGCUUGAUGUUGUUAAGACAAGGUUGCAAGCACAGGCAGCUGGAGGUCCUUAUUCACAUCCACUCAGUAAUAUUAGAAGUCGGAUGGCAUAUUUUGGACCAAACAUGAUGUUUGCAGAUCUAAGGUGUUCUCCAUCAUGCACCCGUGCUGGAAUGCAUGGGACUGUGGUGAUCUGCCCCCCUGACUGUUUUCAAUACAAAGGAACACUAGAUGUGUUCUACAAAAUAAUUCGACAGGAAGGAUUUGCCAGGCUAUGGAGAGGCACAAAUGCAGGUCUAGCACUAGCUGUACCCACGGUGGGGAUUUACCUACCAUGUUACGACAUUUUCCGCAAUUGGAUAGAGGAUAUUGCUUCCCAGAAUGCGCCAAGUUUGAUGCCAUAUGCCCCCUUAGUUGCUGGCUCUUUGGCACGCUCAUUGGCUUGCACAACGUGCUAUCCUAUUGAGCUUGCUAGAACUCGUAUGCAGGCUUUUAAGGUGACCCAGAUUUGUAAGAAGCCUCCUGGAGUCUGGAAGACUUUACUUGGGGUUCUCUCCCAUGUUAAGAGCACAGCCAACCUUCAGAACAACUCAGUGCAAAAUUAUCGCAUCCUGUGGACUGGCCUUGGAGCACAGUUAGCUCGUGAUGUCCCUUUCUCUGCAAUUUGUUGGUCAACCCUUGAGCCUAUCAGGAGGAAACUUCUUAAUCUGGUGGGAGAUGAAGCUAAUGCUGCCAGUGUUCUUGGGGCAAACUUUUCUGCUGGGUUUGUUGCAGGAAGUCUUGCUGCUGCUGCCACAUGUCCUUUGGAUGUUGCAAAAACCCGAAGGCAGAUAGAGAAAGACCCAGCCAGGGCAUUGAGGAUGACUACGAGGCAAACACUUAGGGAGAUUUGGAGGGAUGGGGGGAUGAAGGGACUGUUUACUGGAGUAGGCCCUCGUGUUGGCCGUGCAGGUCCCUCAGUUGGGAUUGUUGUUUCGUUUUACGAAGUUGUGAAGUAUGUUCUACAUCACCAGUUCAGGACUUCUUGACAGAUAGGGAAUGCUUCCGAUCGAUCUCACCUAUGGAUAUCUUGGAGAUUUGCUCGUUCAUUGUAGAAGCAGUCUUUGUCGACUAAUUAGCAUGGAUAGAAACUCAAAUAUUGAAGAAACUUUCACGGGCCUUUGUGGAUAAACUUCGUAUAGAUAGCAAAAUCCAAUUUUUGACCCUUGUAGGUCCUUUCCCCCAAUUUUGGCCGACGUAGGUACCCACUAUCUACUUCAUGGGUUGGAGCAGAAAUUCUGUUGCUCGCUUGGACUGAAAUCCAAUAGCAAUUUUCUUCUUCCCCACAUUUGAUUACAAAGUUUUGAUUUGAAUUCUUUCCCCCCACCCCCCCCCCCCCCACCUUUUUUUUUUUUCCUCUUGGUUGGGAAUGGGGGAGAACAAUUAUGGAGAUUUUCCAACUGUUUGUAUAUAAUCAGUGGCUGCAGCCUUCAGGUUAAACUCGUGUUAUCAUAAAGAAAUGAAUCGCAUUUUGAUGGCA